GCGCGGCCCAGGGACACAGCGGAUCAUGGAAAGAGCCAAAGAUGUCGGCUUGGUCAUGUGAUCAGCUGUGUCCAAUCACAGCUGAUCACAUGGGACAGGUACACUGAUCAUCAGGGCACUGAUGAUCAGUGUGCCCUGAUGAUCAGUGUGGCCCCAGAAGUGCCACCUGUCAGUGCUCAUCAGUGCCACGUGCCAGUGCCCAUCAGUGCCAUAUCAAUGCCACAUAUCAGUGCAUACCAGUGCACAUCAAUGCCACAUAUCAUUUCCCAUCUGAGCUGCCUUUCAAUGUCACCCAUCAGUGCCAGUCAGUGCCACCUAUCAAUGCCAAUCAGUGCCACCUAUCAGUGCUGCCAAUCAGUGCCACCUAUCAGUGCCAGUCUGUGUCGCCUAUCAGUGCCAGUCAGUGCCGCCUAUCAGUGCCAGUCAGUGCCACCUAUCAGUGCUAGUCAGUGCCGCCUAACAGUGCCGGCCAGUGCCGCCUAACAGUGCCAGUCAGUGCUGCCUAUCAGUGCCAUAUAUCAGUGUCAUGUAUCAGUGCUGCCUUUCAGUGCCCAUCAGUGAUGCCUGUCAAUGCCCAUCAGUGGCACCUACCAGUGCCUCCUCAUCAGUG